AUGAACAUUCAGGAGUAUUUUGGAAGAAUAUCUUACAACAAGCCCCAUAAGGAUGCAGACUUUCAAACCCUGAAAGCCAUCUUCCAGCAUCACAUCCAGACCAUUCCUUUUGAGAACCUCAGCAUGCAUUGUGGGGAGGUGGUCGAACUGGAUUUGCAGUCUACUUACAAUAAGAUCGUGAGAAAGAAACGUGGUGGAUGGUGCCUGGAAAUCAACCACCUCCUCUUUUGGGCCUUGCAAGAAUUAGGGUAUGAGGUCUGUAUUCUUGGUGCAAACAGCUAUGAACCAGCAGAGAAGGGAUACACUGCUGAGAUUAACCAUAUCCUGCUGAAGGUGGUGAUCAAGGGAGAUUCCUACAUAGUAGAUGCUGGGUUUGGUGGUGCUUACCAGAUGUGGCAGCCACUGAUGCUGAUUUCUGGGAAGGACCAACCCCAGGUCCCUGGCAUCUUCCAUCUCAUGGAAGACCAUGGCACCUGGUACUUAGAGAAAGUCAAAAGGAAGCAUUAUAUUCCUGAGCACAGUAAUAAUGACAUCCCUGAUACUCCAGAACUGGGGAAUAUCCGAAAAAUAUAUAGAUUUACCCUCAAGCCACGGUCUAUAGAUGACUUCCAGGAGCUGAAUGAGUAUCUCCAAGUGUCUCCAGAUAACAUCCUUCGGAAGAAGUCAAUCUGCACUCUCCAAACCACCAAUGGGCUCCUUGCCUUAGUUGGAUGGACCUUCACUGAGAUGAAGUACAAGUACAUGGAGGACAUGGAUCUGGUGAACAUCACAACCUUUACAGAUGAAGAGGUUGAGAAGACACUGAAAGAUAAAUUCAAUAUUGUGCUGGAGAAUAAACUUGUACCAGUGAAUGUUCGUGGCUUGCCACCUAAUUUAGUGGAUAAGAUCUAA